AUGGAUGAGGAUUAUGAUGUAGCAGGUAAUGAAGAGGAAGGGGAGGAGGAGGAGGAGGAGGAUGAUGAUGAUGAAGAUGAAGAAUUCUCGAGGUUUGGUGACGACAUAUACGGUGUUCCGAGCCAAGACGCUGGCAGAAGUCAAAGUCAUCCUUGCUACAAUGAGGCUGAAUGUAGCACAAGACGUCAUGGCUUUAUGAAUAUUGGAGCAUAUUCAAGUAACAUCCAUAAUCCAAAUCCAUUUGAAUGGGUUCCUGAGCCUGCUAUUGAUGUUGAGAAUACAGGAAUUCAGUGGAAGGUUGGUCACUCCGAUAACAUACGGUACGAGCUUGAGUGCGUACACCCACAAUGUAAAUGGUGGGCACGAGCGACGAGAGAGCAAGACGGAGACUAUUGGGUCUUACGACGUAUGGAUGAGACCCACACUUGUCCGCGAGAUCAAAUAUUGCCACAUCACAGACAAGCAGGUGCCGAAUCGUUAGGUAACAUACUUAAGUCCAUGUUCGUGGUUGAUCGUAUUUAUCGACCAAAGGAAAUUAUUUCAGACAUAGCAGAUAGGUAUCGGAUUGACAUAUCGUACACGCAAGCAUGGCGUGCCAAAACAUAUGCAAUAAAUGCAUUACGAGGAUCUCUAGAAGAGUCUUUCGGUAUAUUACGUGAGUACUGUCAUAAUUUAGAGCUUAAGAACCCAGGAACUAUGACACGUAUUGAUGUCGAUCUGCAAAAUAGGUUCAAGUUUUUUUUCAUGUGUAUGGGGUGUUCUAUACGAGGGUUCCAACAAUUCUGUCGUCCGGUGAUAUGCAUUGAUGCUUCACACUUAAAAGGAAAGUAUCUUGGGUCUUUUUUCAUUGUUGUUGCCAAGGACGGUAAUAAUCAAAUUUACCCACUUGCAUUCGGUAUUGGGCACAAAGAGGGACUAGAUACAUGGACGUCGUUUUUGACAUACCUUCGCAUGUGCAUUGGUGAUUUGCCGGAUUUGGCUAUUAUUUCUGAUCGUCAUCAUUCAAUAAUUGCGGCGGUCGCGAACGUAAUGCCUCACGCUCGUCAUGGGUUUUGUAAUUUCCAUAUCAAGGGUAACAUGCGUUCGCAGUUCAAAAAUACUAAACAUAUUGAAGGACUAUUUUGGAGAGCUGCUAAGGCAUAUCGUCUCACGGACUUUCAAGCCGCUAUAAAUAGAAUUGCUAGAGUAAAUCCCGCUGUAGCAACCUAUUUGACCGACAUUGGGUAUGACAGAUGA